AUGCUGAUUAUAAAGUUCUUAUUAGCAGCGACUUUAGUAAAAUUAGUUAAAUCGAAAUAUCCUAUGGAAGCUAAAAUUGUUAAUGGAAUAAAAGUACCCAUAAUGAAAUUUGCUCACUCAGCUUUUAUGGUGGUAUAUUUACCGACAGAAAGUUAUUUAUGUGGGGCGUCAAUUGUCACUCAGAACAUACUUUUGACUGCGGCCCAUUGCAUAGAAUCAUGUGGAAUGAAAUGCGCCCGCGCAGAUGUAUUUGUAGGAAAUGCAGACAAGCGAUUUGGUUAUAAAUUUCCUAUAUUACAUACGAUUAGACAUGAAAAAUACAGUCCUGAUGAAGUAAGAAACGAUAUUGGGCUUAUUUUAUUAAAAAAUGAGCUUCCACUGAGCAAAUAUAUUAUGAGGGUUGCAUUAAUGAGAGAGCCUCCAAUUGAACAGACAGCUUUUCUUGCUGGUUGGGGCUUAAUUGAUGAAAUCCAACAUAUUUCUACAAACUAUUUACACUUUACCAAGCAAAAAAUAUGGUCAUACAAAAAAUGUCGUAGGAAGAUAUUAAGUUUGCCGAAAGGUACUUUGUGUGGUGGAGACAUUCGUGGCAAGAAUUAUGGCGCUGAGGGUGAUUCUGGUAGUGCCUUAGUUAUUAAAGAUUACAUUCAAAUAGGCAUAGUUUCCUACAAAAGACCAGAUGUAUCAAAUUCUUUACUUGUCUACACGAACGUAGCAUAUUUCUAUGAUUGGAUCGAAAAUAAUUCCAGGAAAAUAUUUUGUGGUUCACUAUUAAAU